AUGCUGCUGCCGCUGGUGUGGGGAUUCUGGUGCCUGACAGCUCUGAUGCAAGGAAGGACCACGGCAUCUGCUGCCUUCCUGCCCCCCAGCGUGGAGAGGCUCUUCAAGGAGUUUCGCAACAUCUUUGAGCAGAGCCGGGUAAGGGAUGAGGAUGAUGAGAGAGGGAGAGGGGGAGCAUCAGAGCCACACACACCCAUCCCACAUAAUAGAAGGGAUGCUUCAGAUGCUCUGUGAGCAUCUGUAAUGAGUUGGGGUUUUUUUUAAAGGGAGGAUUCUUGCAAUAAUCCUGGUAUCCUCUGGCUGAUUUGGUCUGCGACUCCCACCAGCCCCAGGUUGGUGGAGGCUGCAGUAAACACUGCACAGCAUCUAGGAAUUCUGGAUGGAAUCUGCCCAUCCUUUACAUUUAAAGCCCAAGGAAGAUCUCAAACAACUUUUCUCCAUCUUGUUCUCAUUAUCAUCUGAUUCCCCACAACCUGCUCAUUCUUUUUCUUGCUCAUGAUGCACUCAGGUUGCAUACGCACAAUACAUUUAAAACACAUUUUCCUUCUCCAAAAAGGUUGGGGUGGGGGGAGUCCUGGGAACUAUAGUGUAUUAUUGGUGGUGCUGGAAAUGGUGGCUCUGUGGGAGUAAACUACAGUUCCCAGGAUUCUCUGGGGCAUGUCGUGUGCUUUAAAUAAUGAUGUGUUCACAGUUAAUGUUUGUUUGGGUGUGUGCUUUCCCCUGGAGGUGGAUGAGAAAGUGUUCCAGUGCUAAUUACAUUAUGGGAAUUUAGAAUAGCAUCAAUUCCCAGCCUUUGGGAAUGUAAAAUGUUGAUUUCUCAGAGGUUCACAAGCAAAUCUCUCAUGAUUUUAAGGUUCAAAAGCUGGGGUUUGGGGGUUAAGAAUGCCUAAUUCCACAUAUUUGGAAAGCACAAUCCUUAAUUUCUGCUUUGAAAUUUGAAUGCUGAAAUUAAUACUUUGUGCUGGCAUAAUAAACCCGUUAAAUCUACUCUUGUGAGCAAUUUCAGACUCGGUGGUCUUAUAGAAGUCUGCAUCAAAGUCCUGCCCUGACAGCACAACAGCUUGUGAGCAUUUUGUGGGUGUGGCAUCUUGUCUUGUAAUGGUUAAUUUCAGUUAAUUUCCAGGCUGAAACUUCAAGUUUAAAUCUAAAUUGUUUCUGCCUUGCUGCAGAAAUCACACUGACCUGUUUAUUGUUUUCCUCCAUGAGAAUUCUUAGAAGCUGCGGAAAGGGGAGGGUUCUCACCUGCAGGCACUGAGGAUUCUGCUAGACAUCUUGGGCCUUGGCAGUUAAACAGUUAAGUGGUGUCUGGCCAGCCAUACUUGAGAGGGAUCUCUCAUCUGAAAGUACCCUUUGAUGAAAUUGACCAAAUACGAACCAUUAAGGCUAUCAUUCUUGGUAGCUGUUCCUCAAAUUUGUUUCUUUUUUUAAAAAACACAUUGUUAUUUAUUUAUUCAAAAAUAAACAGAAGACUAGUAAGAAAACAAACUUACGUUUAUUAUUAUUUUAACUGAUUCCUCCAAAAAGGCUACUUUUUGGAGAGAGGGAGAAGAUGCUGUUAGGCUUCCAGACCUGUUUAUUAAUCAUUCAACUUGAUUUCUUUGCAUGAAGUUCAUGGGGCGGAACGACAAUUAUGGCUCUUUAUCGAUCAUUUGUUUGUUUGUUGGAGAGGUUAUACGGUGGUUGUGUCAAGCAACUGUUGAAUCAUAUUUUCCCCAUCACCUUCCUUCUUGUAAAAAAGGUCAAAUUAGGAUGGGCGAGAGGGUAUCUUGCACAAAUAGUGAGAAUUUUGGGGGUGGGAUCCAAAUGCAUCCCCAGAGUUUAGGUUUGCACAAUUGAAGUGCAAGUGAAAUUCACUUUGAAAAAGAAAUGGACUUUUUUGUGGCUAGGAAAGUGAUGAGGAAAUGAGCGGAAAGGAUAAAAUACUGGAAGACAUGCAAACACUCCAAAAGCGAAUUGGAAUGAACACAGCACUAACACUCAUUGUUGUAUAACCUCCCUGCAAACAAAUAAAAAUGAAGACCGCACAUAAUCUACCAAAUAAAUAAAGACUGCACAUAAUCUAACCUCUUUGUAAGUUUUGUCCAAGGGAAUCAGGAUGCUCAGUUCAUCUGGAGGGACCCUCUGUCUCCUUUCCCUACACAGUAUAAUGAUCCGUUUUUGUCUAUUGUGUAGGAGGAUGUGCUGGGGAAAGACCAGCUUGAGCCCUCUGUGGAUAUCAGCAAGCUGCCCUCAAACUAUCACAAUGAGGAGAAGCACCAGCGGAAAGUGGGGAAUGCCACUGUCUACAGCCACCGUGAAAUCAGCAAAGUGAGUGAGCUAUUGAAAACCAAAACCAAAAUGAAGAACCAUGGAUAACUAAGCUCAGUCUACCUCACUGGCUGGCAAUUCAAUACCUGGGGGAUGCAAGUUCUGAUCAAUAUAGCUGGUGGUGUCCAGGCCGUCCCUAUCGUUGGGUAGCCAUUUGGGGACAUCAAAUUCUAGACUAAAAGGCAUUUUGUCAGUAACAUAUAAAAUAUAUGCACAAGGCAGCAGAGGACAGCUUAGAUGCUCAGCCACAGUCAGCAGAACCCCUUUGCCCAGCCUGGCAUAGAUCUUAGGUCCUGGACUCCCCGUUGCUUAUCUGGCAAGGCUGAACCUUGACAUGGUUCUUGAAGCAAGUUCAUGUUUCCUGUCAGCUUUCACCCAUUCUGACAAAUGGCUCUCCAUGUAUAUAUUGCAACUCAAGCAACCAGCCAUCCCAACAAAGCCAUGGAAUAAUCUUUUCCCAUGUAUUCUUUCCCUCCCACAGUCCACCAUUGGUAUUAUAUUCUGGUGCAUGCUGUCUGGAGACUAUGGAUUCAUUAGUUUCCAUGGGUCUAAUCUGAGUAGGGCCCCAUUGGCACUGUACAUUUAAAGUGACAUCAUACAUUAAAUUUAAACAGUUAGAGCGUCCUCCAAAGAUUCCUGGGAAGUAUAGUUUGUUAAGGGGUGGUGAGCACUGUUGGGAGACCUCCGUUGCCCUCACAGAGCUACAAUUCCCAGAGUUCCCUGGGCAGAGGAACUGACUGUUGAGCCACGUUGAGAACCAGAGCUCUGUGAGGGGAAUAAGGGCUCUCUCCAGGUGUUGUUAGACUACAACACCCAUAAUCCAUGUCCCCUGGCCAUGUUGUCUAGGGCUGACGGGACAGGCAUAAGCUCUCCACCUCUUUCCUAAGGGGGUCGCAAGUCUAGUGCAGGCACCUGAGGACACCCCCUUGCCCCUGUGAAGCCAAGUCAACUGUCCCCAUAGCUCUGUCGAGCCUUGGCCAUGGGGAUGUUUCUGCCGUCAACCAUGCCGCCACCUCAAAAAUGUUUAAAAGUAAGGAGGCUUCUUCGCUUGUUCUGUCGCUCCUAUGCAGUCUUAAUGUUGUUCUCUCAAAAUAUGCAGAUGACUGAUAACCGUACAGGAGAGAUGGUGUUUUCAGAGAAAACGGUGACUUCUAUUGAACAGGCAGACGCCCGCCCAGAGGAGGAGGAAGAGGAUGAGGUCAGUGCAUGCUCAGGAGGGUAACAAGCCCACUCACCUUUCCUCACCUAAUUUUUUGGUUGCGUGUGACUUGGUGUGUGUGGCAAGCUGCGUGUUAGACUCUAGAUGCAUCCCUCCAGACCUCUCUCUCUGGCCUUUAGACCUCUCUCCUUCUGUGGGCAUACUUCAUAUCCCCCUUGCAUGUCUAUGCUGGGAUUGAAUAUGUCUUAGAACUCUGAUCAUGCCUCUCAGUUGCCUGGAUAGAGAAUAGGGAGGGGUAGAAACUAGCUUGAUCUACAUAGGUGGGUUUUUACGCUGGGAAGUUUAUAAGUAGGGAUGGAAGGCUGCAGUUGCUCUGUGCUAUCUGUCCUCAGCAUUUGAUACUGGCAGUUCAGUUCAACUAUCAUGACCAAUAAACCUUGUUAGACUAGCGUACCUCUGCUUUCCCCAAAAGGAGGGAUGGGUGAGCUUCUGGUCCUCUGGAUAUUGUUGCCCUCAUCAGGGGUCAGGGGAUGAUGGGAGGUGAAGCCCAGCAACAUCUGGAGGGCCACAGGUUGCCCCCUCUUUCUCCCUAUUCCCGUAGAUUGGUCUUUUCCCUAUCCCAGGAAUUCCUCUUCCUCUGACCCCCUCUUCUCUCCUGGAGGGGGUAAAAGAAUGUGGACCCCCAGCUUGGAAACCCUCCCACUUCUCAUUCUAAGCAUAAAGUCCUUCUCAGGCUGAUUCCCACAAACCACUGAGGUAAUAUCCUCACCCUGGUUGCAUUUUAUCUGUAUCUUUCCAGGAGAAAAAGCCAGUGGCUAGUCAGGAAGAAAAUGGCGCUGAGGCAGACAGAGAGAGCAAUGGGCUCAGAUUCCUCAAGCUGGGCCCACCCCAGCCCAGGCCUAGGCUGACCUUUCUAAUCUUCCGCUUGCCCCAGCACCUUAAGAGCAAGCCCAUCCCCGAAGCCAACUGGGAAAAGGAAGAGCCGGCCACUGACAGGAGGCACAGGCUGCUGGCCAUUCGGAAUGGGCUUUUGACAGCCCCCCACCCCAUCAAGAAGAAGGCCCUGCCUGUCACCCCAAACCGCAAGCUCCUUCCACGAAAGCAUCAUUUCCUUUUCUUCUGGCGGAAAAUAUAAGGCAGGAGGGAAACCUCUCAUUUGCCUGGGCAACGGAGAAUGUCUCUGGUUUCCUAGCUAUUUCCUCUUUCACAUCCACAGGGUGGCAGGCUGGGGAGAGAAUCCCCCAAAAGGAGAAAAGAGUUUCUCUCACAUUCUUGAAAUAAAAAUCUUUCCUUUUGAAAACAAAACCCUGAGAAUGAGCAAUUUGUAUUUUUCUUUUCUUUUUUUAAAGUUAAUGUUAUAGAAUCAGGUUCUUGGAUACAGAAUAGCACAGAUAGUACCUCCUGAAUCCUGGCCGGGAUUCAAAACAACAACAACAACUCUUCCUGUGCUACCACUGCAUGUAACAGUGCACCUAGGCAACAUACACAGGUCUCUGCUUGCAAGGGACUUACAAUUUAAAAUCAACAGUGGGAAAGCAACGCAGGGAGGGAAGAAACAUGGGUGUCUGCUGUGAAAUGUUCUUAAGCAUUGCUACCAUCACACCCACACCAUACAUUUAAAGCACAUGGCUUCCCACAAAGAACUCGGGGAACUGUAGUUUACUUAUCACAGAGUCCAAUUCCCAGCACUGUUAACAAACUACAGCUUCCGGGAUUCUUAUCGGGAGCGGCAUGUGCUUUAAAUGUAUGGUGCAGAUGUAACUGUGGAAAAGGAAAGGUGUUGAAUUUGAAGGGAAAGAGAGAGGUGGCAGCAGUUCCACCCCUCGUAUAGCUGGUAGCAAGGGAGUAUAAUUCUUAUUAUUUCCACAAUAAUUCUUCUUACAUUUGUCAUAUUGUCACUGACCUACAAGCUAUAGUAAUUACCAGCAGUGUUCGAUAUUACAUCCUCAAACGGUGAGCAGUUUGUUCUGUUCUGCUGGUUUCAGUGAGAGCAGCCCAACUCCCCCACUGAAAUCAACGGCCCGUCAGGUUACUUCAAUUUUGCUCUCCUCUUUGAUUACACCCAGCCCUGUUCAAAAAUAGCAACAUUUGGCUCUAAGAAAACAGACUGAAAUUGUUUCUGUGCAGAGAGGAAGGAAAAAAUAGAGAAAUAUAUACACACACACCCCUUUCUAGCACUUUCUUCUUGUAGCAGGCUGGGAAAUGGUUGGUUAGACCUAAAACCUGGCCUGUAAGUUAAAUCUGUCUGUGCUGGGGUGUUCGAAGUUCUGAGCCAAGGUAACCCAUUUUUUCCCAUUAGUCUUGGUUUCAGUCUCACUGUCUAUAAUCAAAAGGCCUCACAACAUGGAAUAAAACAUUACAUUACCAAAUAUAUAUGAAAUUUUGAAAUAAAGAUAUGCAGAAUCAUUUCCACACAGAACAAAAUUUGGUAUUUGAGCAGCUAGAAGGAGUUAAAUUGGAUCGUCACCAGCCCAGGAAACAGCAAUCGACUGAAUAAAUUUGUACUGAUUGAUGCUCAACAUUAAAUAAAGAUGUUCCAUAUGCAAUAGAAUCACAGAGUUGGAAGGGACCCUGAGGAUCAUCUAGUUCAACCCCCUGCAAUUCAGGAAUAUGCAGCUGUCCCAUACGGAGAUCAAACCUGUGACCUUGGUGCUAUCAGCACCAUGCUCUUUUGUAUUUCCCCCCCUGUAAAAACAAUAAAAAUUAAAUCAUUUUUGUUAUUGUUUUUACAGAAAAACACGAGAGAGAAAAUAAACAAGAACAAAAUUCCGCCCUGCUUGAGACAGAGUAGAGCAACUUGUUAAUCUGAUAACAGGAAGCAAAUUCUUGUUAAAAUCUGAAAACUCAGUAUAUGACUAGCCGCUUCAACAGCAACCUUGUUCUUGGCUCGCUAUAUAGUUCCGUACCAAGAAAAGCUGUACUCUGCGACUGGAAUAAAUUACAAAACAACAAAUAAGCCAUACGUUUCUGUGCAUUAAUGAUGAGGAGAGGCAGAAACCUACGCAGGGCAUUGACACCCCAUCCACUGGAAAUCACUCACCCAAAUGAAUUUCUGAGGUUUUAUCUGGCACUUCACUCUUCCUUUCAAAUCGAACAGGUUACACACUUGCAUCGAAAAAGGAAACCUGAACUAAAAGAGGUUUCCCACAUUAAGUCUACUUUUUGAAGAAAAAACAUCAAACCACCAAGAGAUCGUUAUGCAUCUGACUGUCAUACCAGACCAUACUUAAAACUACGGUAUUUUCCAGCUGUGCUUUAUGUGUGUGUGUACUGUAUGUAAGAGUAAGAAUUGAAACAAUUCUCGAAACGGGUGCUGUACAUUGGAAGGCGACACUCAGCAUCCUGUGUUCGCCACACCUGUGAAGGAUUCUUGUGGAGAUAAAUGGCACAAACAUUUUAAGACAAACGUCUGUGCACUAGAAAUGCCGCUUCCAAACUGAGGUAGUUUGCAGGAGAAUUUGUGGCAUGUAAGGCAAAACAGCUGGUGUUUAUUUGCAAUUUUCUGACUGUCUUUCAUGUGCUCCAAGCACUGCUUGUGUGGGUGCUUUCUUUUUGUCUGAUCUGAAUUCUUCCAUGAGGUGGGAGAGGUGACGAGAUAGCCUCUUGGGGCUGCUGUGUUUUUGUUCUCUUUAUUUAUUACAUUUAUACCCCCCUCCAAGGAGCUCAAGGUGGCUGUUAAGUUGUGGGCGAACAUGUCAGACGACACAGCGAUUCUUUAAACAGCUCUUCUUUAUUCAGAUGCCAGAACAGAACUAGGCUGAGGAGCUCAGUCAGCCUGCUUAUAUAGAGCUCCAGAACAAUGCAACUGUUGCCAUUUUCUAAAACUAUCCAAUCACUGAAUGUCACUUUUCGAUCCUUCAUUUGCAUACAAAACUAUCCAAUCACUGAACGUCACUUUUCGAUCCUUCAUUUGCAUAACUAUCUACAGUAUCCCCCUGCUGGCCCAGGGUGAGAACUUCAGUACAUAACACCGGCAUACUUGGUUCUCUUCCUCCCAAUUUUAUCCUCACAACAUCCCUGUGAGGUAGAAAGACUGUGACUGGCCCAUGGUCACUCAGUGUGAGUUUCAUGGCCGAGUGGGGAUUUGAACCCUGGUCUCCUGGGUCCUAUUCCAGCACUCUAACCACUACACCACACUGGCUCCAAGUUCCACACAAGUGUUGGUAACAUUAAAAGCUUUAUCAAUAGGUUUCUAUACAGUUCUCUAGCAGGGCUCUUGAUGAAGGCCUGCAGCAGAGCUUCUCCUAGUCCAGGAGCAGUGAAGCUCAGGCUGGCGACCAAAUGUGACCCUACAGGCCUCAUUAAAUAGCCAUCAGGACUUUCUGUAGGCUGCACACCCUCCCUAUGAGUUCACCAGCUCUGCUCCACAACCUGCUUGAAUGCUUUUGCCAGCCUCAGAAGAUGUGCCCUUGAACUACGGUCCUUGCUUCCCUGGAUGCAGGUUGUAUAGGAAUCUGGCCUUUGUAAGUCACCGCUGUUGACCCCACCCCUGGCAUGUGGCCCCUGGAAGGCUGCCCAGAAGGGAAUGUGGCCCUUGGGCAGAAAAAAGUUUCCCCACCCCUGUCCUAGUUCAAGGGAGGCAAGGAAUGGGAGAGCUUGGAGCCUGUGCUUAAGCGCACAGUUAAAUUCCCUAUGACUGAAUACAAUGCUAGUUGGGAAUAUACAUGGGAAAUGGAGCUGUUUAUAUUCUGGUGUGCAUUCAGAAAUGAAGUUUGCAGUAUCCAUUAAUAUUCCAAAAGGAGUAACACUCUAUUACCUUUGCUUACAUGUAGAGCUAUCUAUGGGAAACUUACAGGUUUGAGCUGAGGUAGGGAGAAGUCCCAUCCUAGUAGCCAGCUAAGAUGCUCCACAGAAGCCAACUGCAGUCUUAAAUUCAGCCAUUACCCAGCAACGAAAUAGGGAACUUGCUAGUGCUAUGGUCUUGUAGCCCUUUUUAAAUAUGUCCUUUCUCUCCAGCAGGAAUGUGUGAGUGACAGUGACUGCCAAAAGGACCAGUUCUGCUUUAAGUCCUUCCUUGCUUCCCGGUGUCAGCAGUGUAAGGUCAAGAAUACAGUGAGUACACUCAACUUUGCUGCCAGAACUGUCCCUGGGAAAUAUUUCUACCGCAGAAAGGGGUAUUCUAAAACGAGAGGCUCCAAAGCAAAAGUCUUUCCACAAGAGUGCUGGCAAUCUGCAGUCCUAGUCUGCAUGUGGCCCUCUGCCUAAUUUCAAAAGCUCUCGAAUGUGAUCAGUUCAGGCCUCUGGCAAGAGGAAUCUGCCCUUCCUCUGACAGACAGCCUGCUGGCCAGGAAGAGAGCAAGAGCGAGAAAGAAAAAAAGGGUAUCAGAAAAAGAGAGAAAAGGGCCUUGGUCCUGUGCAAUUUUGGUAUUGGUCUGCUCAUAUUUUGAAAUGCAAACACAGAAGCUGGCCUUUUGAGUAGCAUAUCCUGAAUAAAUAAAAUUAGGCAGGGUCUUUUCACUGGUAGUGCCUUUGUAUUUUAAAUGAAUUUUCUAGUUUUGAGCUUCAAAGAAUAAAUGCUGUGUCGUCAUCAUGCUUUGUCUCCUAGAUAUGCUGGAAGGACAGGGAAUGCUGUCUGGGAUACCUAUGUGUGUGGGGCAGGUGUGCAAAAGGUGUGAGCCGUGGUGAGAGUGGAACAAGAUGUGACCCACGCCGGGACAAGUGUGCUCAGGGGCUGUGUUGCACCACCAGCAACUGUAAGAUGGUUUUUAUGUACUCAUGCCUCCGGCGUGAUAAUCUACUUCCUUCUACCCUCGGAUUUGGUCUGCUCAUAUUUUGUGAUGUUGACUGCUUUACUUGGAGUUGUGUGAAAGCUUUUAAACUGAAAGUACCAAUUCCUGGUGGGACGCAGGAGCCUAGGACUUGCCCAUCAGAAGGUUGGCGGUUCGAAUCCCCGCGACGGGAUGAGCUCCCAUUACUCAGUCCCAGCUCCUGCCAACCUAGCAGUUUGAAAGCACGUCAAAGUGCACGUAGAUAAAUAGGUACCAUUCCGACGGGUGUGCUGCUCUGGUUCGCCAGAAGCAGCUUAGUCAUGCUGGCCACAUGACCCAGAAGCUGUACACCGGCUCCCUUGGCCAAUAAAGCGAGAUGAGUGCUGCAACCCCAGAGUCGGUCACGACUGGACCUAAUGGUCAGGGGUCCCUUUACCUUUACCUUUACCUUUUUACCAAUUCCUGGGGACUAUAAUCCAGACUGAGACCACAGUGCACAUGGAGAGACAGUUAAUCUUCGCCUCUCACACCAUGGUCCUGAUAUAACCCCUGUCCUCAUUAUCACAAUCAGUAAGCCAAGAGCAGGUAUUGGUUAUAGCUUGUGUUUGGUUUGGGCUACUGAAACAAACCACAAGACUGGAUUUGCACAUAAUGCUAAGAGACUAACUAUGGUUUAGCUCACAAGGAGAGGAGCUAAGCGGCUGAAUUUUUCUAAAUGUGCACCAGUAUAGUAGCUCAUUCAUGCCACGACAUAUUUUGUCUUAGUGUUACGUGUGAACCAAUCCAGUGUAUCUUGUAUAGCAGAUAUUCCAGGCAGAUUUUACUUUAUGGAUUUUCUUCACAUAAUCCUUUAUAAUCUCUGUCCUAUCUCCAACACAGCUCUCUCGUUCCCAGUCUGCACUCCUUAUCCAAAGGAAGGGGAAGUAUGCCGGAUUCCCACCAGUUCCCUCUUUGGACUGAUGGGUUGGGGCAGCCUCACAGCCUUUCCCAGACCUAGCCAGUAUUGCCCAUGUGCCCAAGGGCUGAAGUGCAGAGCUAAAAGGUAAGGAGGAUUCUGUCUCUGUAGAAUUCUUCACAAGAGAAAGCUGCAACUAAAGUAGCUGCAAGACUGUCUGUUUUGCAUUGUUUUUGUUUUGUUUUAAGUCUAUCUGCUGUUUCUUGCAUUUUUAACUAGGUUGGAUUUUGUUUUUUUGUUUUGAUUUUUACUGUACAUCACAUUAAGACAAUUAAUUUACUAAUUAAUUACAAUAAUAAUACCCCAAUGAACCAUGUGCUAAUAAAAUUGUAUUAUGUUUUGCAAGACUGAUUUAAGAUAAAAUAAAUGAAGUCUUAUAUUAUUGCAUUUGCUCUACAUAUUGUUUCAGGAUACUCUGCAAGAUGCAAUUAAUGUUGAUUGGACUGGGAUGAUACCCCCCCCCCCCGUAUUUUUUCAUGUAUAAGACGCCCCCAUGUAUAAGACACCUCCUAUUUUUUGGGACUCCAAUUUAAGAAAACGGGGGAAUUUGCCCUGUGUAUAAGAUGACCCACAGUUUUUCACAUAAUUUUAAAGUAAAAAAACCUAAUCUUAAACACAGAAAAGUACAGUGUGUGUGGGGUGUGUGCGUGCUCAGUGCUUUUUUCUGGGGGAUGCAGGGGUACGCAUACCCCUAAACAUUUUGUGAAUCUAAGUUUGGCCUCAUUGAGGGGCUGUAUUUCAAUAUGAGUAGGAAAAUGAGUGUAUCCCUAAACAUUUUUUUAGAAAAAAGCACUGUGUGUAUAAAUAUAUUGUGUGUGUGCAUAUAUAUAUAUAUAUAUAUGAAUAUGAGAGAGACACUCAUUCAGUCUUGCCAAUCGGUUGCUUUCUCUCCUAGAUAUACAACAGUUUCAACAUGUGAAAAUCCAGAGAACAGUGUGGAUAUUAGUAGACCAGACCAACAGCUCUCUUUCUACCAGCCAAUCCUGAUGCGUCGUGACAAAGAGGAUGCUUAUUAUGAUGACUAUGUGCAAGAUGGUCAACUAGCAUUAGUCAAUCUGCCCAGAUCUCCUUAUUCCAUGGAAGAUAUUGGCCAACCAAAGGGGCUCAGUGAAGACUAUUACGAGAAAAGGCAGUUGCCAUGGGAGGAAGAUGUGGCUGAUCCCAAACAAGCAGAUUUCCAGGAACUCAAGCAAUUGGCUAAUGAAAUGGGGCAGUACAUUGGGCCUGGCUUUUACUAA